AUGUCUGGACCGUCGAAUGUCAACCCGCAGACCGCAGAUAAUAACGAUGUUGUCCAGUUGCUUGAUUCGGGUGAGGACGACGUAGAGAACGGUGACGACGGCAAUGACGGCGAUGCAUCCGAAGAUGACACUGAGGAGAGCGAGAGCGAUGAUGAAGAUGAUGAGGAUGGAUCAGGGGAAGAAAGCGAUGACUCUAUUACCUCUGAGCGGCUGAACGCCCUGUUGGACAAAGCAAGAGAAAGGCAACGGCAACGCCUGGCGGAGAAGGCUGCCCUGCAGGAGGAUGUCAUCAAAGUAUCUGAUGAUCGACCGUUACCAAAAAUUGAUGCUGGCACUCUCGCCCCCAAGCCAUACUUCACAACCCCUACAUCUAAGACCGAUGCCCCAAAGCUCGUUGCAGACCCUGGCGCCGAACGACUUUCGAAAGCCACGCAGAAACGCAAGGCAGACAUUGAACCCGAGCGGCUCAGCAAAAAGCAAAAACGUGAGCUGCGUGAGAAAACCGCAGGUCCGGGCUGGUUCGAUAUGCCCUCCCCGUCUGGCACUGAGCUGGCCAAGAUCAAGCGAGAGAUGGAGGCCGCGCGGUUGGCUGCUGCACUCGACCCAAAGACGUUCCUCCGUAAAGAGGCCAUGAAGCAGGAUGUACCGAAGUACAUUCAGCUGGGAAAGAUUGUCGAGACGAAGAGCCCAUUCGAGCGAGCAUCGAGGAAGAACCUGACGAAGGCCGAGAAGAAGAAGAGUAUUGUAGACGAGCUAGUGGAAGAUGCGGAGGCGAGGGCAUAUGCGAAGAGGAAGUUCUUGGAUUUGCAGCAUGUGAGGGGGGAGAAAGGAAGGCUAACGAACAGGAGAAGGCAAGAGAUGAAGGCCGCGAGGAGAAAAUGGUGA